ACAACGCGGAAGUAAAACUUCGAGCGGGUUUGUUUUGUUCUUGCCACCAUUCUUUCUCGUGGACGAAGCCAUACUAGCUGAAUACCCAGUUCUCAGUCCACUGAAACAUGUCUAAACUACAGUCGUUUCGCGUGUACUUAAACGAGCGUUUAACAGCGGCAGCUGUGGAGAUUUUUGGGGCAGUUGAGCAAACGGUAGUGGACUACCAGGAGGAGAAUGAUCGACUACGGAGACUGCUAAGGGUCACACCGGAGAUUAAACGAUGCAGAAUAGAAUCUCUGCAGCUCUCUCUCGCUGUCUCUGAAGAGGAGGUUCUCCCUGAGCAGCAGCACUGUGAGCAGGAGUGGAGCCCUAGUCUGGGGCAGGAGAACCCAGAACUUCCACAGAUUAAAGAGGAACAGGAGGAACUCAGGACCAGUCAGGAGGAAGAGCAGCUUCAAGAUUCCCUGCAGCUCUCUCUCGCUGUCUCUGAAGAGGAGGUUCUCCCUGAGCAGCAGCACUGUGAGCAGGAGUGGAGCCCCAGUCUGGGGCAGGAGAACCCAGAGCUUCCACAGAUUAAAGAGGAAGAGGAGAAACUCGGGACCAGUCAGGAAGAAGAGCAGCUUCAAGGGCUGGAGGCUGAUAUCAAAUUCACUCCUUCCUGUGUGAAAAGUGAAUGUGAUCAGGAGGACCCACUUCAGCCCUUCACUUCUCCCCAAACCCAGACUGUGGAGAACAGAGAGAGUGACCCUAAACAAGUGGAUCUCACACCUUUUGUUACUGUGACCCACCUUAAGGGUCUCUACAUUCCCUGUGAACGUCCAGAUAAUCAAAACAAUGCUUCCAGCCACAGGUCAGCUGUAAGCAGUGACCCAGUAGGACUUGACAGCAGCCCACCAUUUGAUCCCAGCUCAUCAUUGAAUCCAAACCCAUCAGUGGUGGAGCACUGUUUCAAACCCAGCACCACGCCUAGAAAAACUCACCACUGUCGUGACUGUGGUGAAAUGUUUGCUCUGAAAGCUGACCUGCAGAGGCAUGUGACUCUCUUCAAGAAGAGACUCAGUGAAUGCCGCUUCUGCAGAAAACGCUACAACUCCACCUGUAAACUAAAGGCCCAUGUCCGACUCUGUCACAGUGGGAAACCCUACACCUGCCCUGUUUGUAGCAAGACCUUCAAACUCAAAGGAUAUCUGUCCAAGCACAUGAGGAUUCACACAGGAGAGAAACAAUUUAAGUGUGGCGACUGUGGGAAAAGCUUCAUUCAUAAGUGGAACCUGAGGAGCCAUCCGCUGACUCACACAGAAGAGAAACCAUUUAGCUGUGACGACUGUGGGAAAAUCUAUCAGAAAGGGAACCUAAGAAACCAUAAACUGACUCACACAGGAGAGAAAUCAUUUAGCUGUGAUGACUGUGGGAAAAGCUUCUAUCAGAAGGGGAACCUAAGAAACCAUAAACUGACUCACACAGGAGAGAAACCAUUUAGCUGUGAUGCUUGUGGGAAAAGCUUCAGUCAGAAAGGGUCCCUAAAGAAGCAUACACUGACUCACACAGGAGAGAAACCAUUUAGCUGUGGUGACUGUGGGAAAAAGUUCAAUCGCAAGGACCGCUUAACCAUACAUAUGGUGACUCAUACAGGAGAGAAACCAUUUAGCUGUGAUGCUUGUGGGAAAAGCUUCACUCAAAAGUCUAAUUUACUGACGCAUGUGAAAAACAUCCACAAAGGUGGCAAACAGGAGGAAAACUGAAAGAAGAAAGAAAAUUAGGACAAAGAUAUAUUUAGUCACAAGAUCAGGAUGUGGACAAUAUUCUGAGUACACUUUCAUAGACACAAAUAGCUGGAAUAAGUCAAUUGAGUCAAUGAGAGGAUAGUCAGAUUAACUGAUGACUAAAUUAGCAGUGCAGAUGGCACUAUUUUGUUAAGUACAGAGAUGUAUUAUGGGUAUGAAUGUGUCGAGGACUUCUGAAAUUCUACAGAUUUUGUGUCCCAGCAGGAAGAUCAGCAUAUUUAAAAUCCAGAGGUUGUCAGUUCAAAUCCCAGGUUGGGUCAUAUUGAAAAGUCUACUAAGUGAUUAUGUCAAAUGUAAUCAUAUUGUCAUUGAGUACCUUUUUUUCUUUCUUUUUUACACCAGUUUUGCUAAACAGUGUAUUACUAACCUUAACAGAAUACAUGGUUCCAAAUAAAAUACAAUUGUAUUGGUCACAUACAAGUGUUUAGCAGAAGUUAUUGCGGGUGUAGAGAAAUGCUUGUGUUUCUAGCUCCAACAGUGCAGUAAUAUCUAACAAUUCACAGUAAUACACACAAACUUAAAAGUAAAAGAAUGGAAUUUAGGAAUAUAUAAAUAUUAAGAUGA